AUGCUUUUAAUUUACGUGUUUCAGCCGAAUACUCUGCCUGGUCACGCAAUUCAAAGAGGUAUACUAUGGCAACAGAGGGAUAAAUUAUUUGCCCGUUGGAAAGAAAGAUAUUUCAUUCUCACGCGAGAUUACCUUCAUUGUUUUAGAAAAGCUACCGAUAAUGGUUUCGAUCGUAUAUCAGAUAUGGGUCCAUUCAUAUUUAAGAUAAAACUAGUCGAUGUUGAAAAAGUCACGUGGAUAAACAAGAAAACGUAUAGUGCUAUUUCUUUAGAUUUUAAAAGAGAUGGUAGAAUAUUGUUGAGAUCUCAACAAGGAUUAGAAGACUGGUUUGAUGCGUUGGAGGAAUGUACGUUGGCUAGUAAAGAAAGAAGGCAAGCGUUAAAAUGUUCGAGAGAUUCGUAUCAUCAGGGAGAAAACGAACAAAAUAUGAAUAGUUAUAAUAGUAACGUUGAAGAUUUACUUGCUGUUAGAAACAAAAUAGCAUUACUUCAACGAGACUACAUAUCCGAUUCUGUACCGGAUGUGUCCAAGUUUGGUUCGCCAAGUUUAAAAAGUUUAUUCAUAUCUGAAAGCAGGUCAGAAGACAAUGACGAUGAUAAAUCGAGUAAUAAUGUGCCUUACAGUGCAAUUAAUCGAAGGCUAUCACAUAUAAACGCAUUAAAUACUUCUUCGAUAAAUACGAAAGCGACUCCGAUACCGUGCCGAUUGAACAGCGACGUUUUUUAUUUACCCGGCCUAUCGAAUGCCAGACAAAGAUCGAGCAUAGCGGGCGAAACGGUUAAUCCACCGAAAGAAAGUUACUUAAAUGAUCUAGGGAGAUCAAGACUGGGAACGAACGCAUCGGAUUACAAAUCGAAAAAUUUUCUUAAUCCUUUUCGAAUACCAAACAUGUUACAAUCGACCAAGGGUACUGCCAAUAGAUAUUCACUCAUAGACGAUACCGAAUCGAUAAAAGUUAUUUAUUCGUCUUAUGAAAAAUCUCCAUUUACAUCAUCGUGA